UAAGAAAUGUAUUUCUUAUUUUAGUAUAUUAUUAUUUUACAGACAUCUACUUCUGGCUAUGGGAUUACAAAUAAAGUAUGUAGAACCAAUUUUAUUUGGUUACAUGUUUUGUGCAUUUCUAAACAUGCCAAUGGAACAGCAGUUAGUUUACCAAAAGCUGUGUAAUAAACAUUUCAAUGGAACUUUUUGUGAGAAAAUUUAUACAUCACAUCAAAAACAAUAUGGAGAUUUCCAAAAUAUGAUUCAGAAAGAGACAGCACAAUGGAUUAUUUACUUGAAUGUGGCAAAAACCAUUCCUGCUGCUGUAUCAACCAUUCUUUUUGGAAUUUGGUCUGACAGAUUUGGUCGUAAAUUUUUCAUGAUACUACCUAUUAUUGGUGAUUUGAUUCUUGCCAUUAGUUCAAUCUUGAACUCGUAUUUUUUUCAUGCACCGGUGUCAUAUAUGCUUAUUGGAACUAUUAUAACUGCAAUGUUUGGAAACUUUGCUGCAAUUCUGUCUGCUACCUUUUCAUAUGUUGCAGACGUGUCAGAUAAAUCGUCUCGAACGAAACGUAUGGUUAUUUUAGAGUCUAUGGUUUAUUUUGGUUCUGUGGUCAGUAAUAUCAGCGGUGGCUGGCUGCUUCAGAAAUCAGGCUUUGUUGCUGUGUUUUCGUUGAUUGCUGCUGCUUUAGUUGCUCAGAUAAUAUAUUUAUUUUUUCUGAAAGAAUCGUACAAAAGAAGACUAUCAAAAGAUAAAAAGGAAAAAACGUUAAAUUGUAAUGCAAUAAAAGAAUCUUUAGAUGUUAUUUUCAAAAGAAGGAAGGAAAGGUUUAGAUUCACAUUGAUGAUUCUGCUCAGCUGCUUCACACUUUUGAUUUUGUUCUUUGUUGCUGUCAAUUCUGUAUCAAUUUUGUUUAUGCUGCAUCAACCAUUAAACUUUGCACCAUCUGCAAUUGGUUACUUCUUGGCAGGACUUAAUGGAGUUAAAUUUAUUGGAGCGUUGCUUGUAAAUUUUAUUUUGAUUCAUCGAUAUAAAUGGACAGACUAUUCUGUUAUACUACUUGCAUCAGUGAUGUAUUGUGGCUUUGCCUUGUCAAUGGGUUUAGCAAACAAAUAUUGGCACGUUUAUGUUGGUAUACUUUGGUGUCUUGGGUUAGGCACUGGAACAUCGUCUGCAAGAGCUGGUUUGUCAAAAAUUGUAACUGCAAAAGAACAAGGAAAGCUGUUUUCAGUGUUAUCGUCCAUUGAAGUUGUUAUUUCAUUGAUCAGUAGUACUGGUUUUACUGCAAUUUACAAAAGUACUUUGGACUUGACACCGAGUUUUUCAUUUUAUCUUCUAGCAGGAUUAACUGUGUUUCCAUUCACAUUCUCAAUCAUAUUAAAGAUUUUUGGUCAGAAAAGCUUUUAUGAAGUUUUGGAAGAUAAAGAAGAGGAUGAAGAAACUGAAAAAGAAGAGAAACAGACCGAUGUAGCGAAUGCUGAAAACUAUGGUGCUAUUAUAAAUUAGAUAUGUAUCUCGGAAGACCUGAAUAAACCAAUCAAUUGUAUAAAUCUCUUGGAAGAAACGAAACAAACAAAUGGCGAAUCAAACGAGAAUUAAGUUCCUGAUGGAUUGCUUUGGGAAUAGUAUAUAAUUCAGGGCUCCCAUUGGUCCUAAUUUUCCUACUUUUUUUAAUUCUGUCAAAAAAUCCUGAUUUUUCUUAAAAUAAUUUAAGGUUACUGUAAAGGAAACAAUUUAUUUUUUUAGGUUUUUUGCAAAAAAUUCAUGACGUAUAGAAAAAAAAUUCUCUUUCCAAUGACAUAUUUUAUAUUCUAUGAAAAUAUUUGGAACAUCCCUUUUUUCUGGAAAAAGCCUUUUUGGAAGUGUUUUACAUCCUUCACACCUUUGAAAAAAUAUGUGAAAAUGAGUUGAGCAUAAUUUUUGUAAACAUUAUGCAUAAUAUGGAACUGCCGUAUAAAAAUAUGCAUAAUAAUAUUUUUUAGAGAGUUUACUUUCACUAUCGAAUUAAAAAAAAUCAAAGUAGGAAUAUGCAUAUGAGCUGUCUCUUGUAAACCUGACUUCUGUCUAUUAAAGAUAAUUAACUCCUAUAUGUACGGAGGUGUGGCACCCGAGGGCCAAAAUAUGCUGAUAUCAGCAGCAAAUAUCUGAAAAUCAUAAAGCAGAACCACAUUUUUUUAAAAUUACCCAGAGUUCCUUGACGUUGUCCGUCAUUUUGGCUAGCGCUGAAACUUGUGACUGAGACGGGGUUGGAAGCUCAGGGAUCGUGGCUUGAAACUAAAGACAUGCAAAGAAAUGCCAUGAAUAGUACAAGGGAAGGAAGAGGAAUUCUUAAGUAAUUUU